AAAAGAGUUUAUUGAUCUCGCGAGAUCGAGUGAGCCAGACCAUUCCAGAAGCGGAAUCUCGCGAUAGAUGUACCAAGAUUCCAGGUACGAGGGAAGGAGGUUUUGAAGCGCUCUCGCGAGAUUUGGAGCUACAGCGAUGGCGACGGUGGACACAGGGAAGAGGAGAGGUUUGUAAACAGAACAACUACAGGAUCCGGGGCACUAAAGCGGAGACGACUAGGACCGGAAGCCCAUCGUGAGCCUCCAAUUCUGGAAGUGGCCUAACUUUCUUUACCGGAAACCCUUUUCCAGGGUCUAAGAAGACGGCCCACCUGGCCGGAAGUCCCACCUCCUUGAGCUCCCCCUCCCUUCCAGAAGUUUUUCUGUCACCUGUGUUUCCCUCCGUCCUUUUUCCCGUUUUAUACCUGUAUUAGAAAAGGGUACAUUUAGUGCCUCCCUCCUAGCUCCACUAAAGGGGUUGGCUAGGUUCUUUCCCCGGAGCCCCGAUGUAGCUGGGAAGUGGGACCUGGGGGUGGUCGGACCCCUGGGAUCCUGAAGAAGUGAGGAGGGCGCGCAACUGUGGCUCUACUCCUGCUAUCGGGACGCAGCCUCCUCUGCCUCUCCCCUUCUCGCUGCCAUGCACCCUGCGGCCUUCCCGCUUCCUGUGGUUGUGGCCACUGUACUGUGGGGAGCGGCCCCCAUCCAAGGGCUCAUUCGAGCGACCUCAGACCACAAUACCACCAUGGACUUUGCAGACCUCCCAGCUCUAUUUGGGGCCACCCUGAGCCAGGAGGGACUCCAGGGGUUCCUUGUGGAGGCUCACCCAGACAACGCCUGCAGCCCCAUUGCCCCACCACCCCCAGCCCCGGUCAAUGGGUCAGUCUUUAUUGCACUGCUUCGAAGAUUCGACUGCAACUUUGACCUCAAGGUCUUAAACGCUCAGAAGGCUGGGUAUGGUGCAGCUGUGGUACACAAUGUGAAUUCCAAUGAACUUCUGAACAUGGUGUGGAACAGUGAGGAAAUCCAGCAGCAGAUUUGGAUCCCAUCUGUGUUCAUUGGGGAGAGGAGCUCUGAGUACCUGCGUGCCCUCUUCGUCUAUGAGAAAGGGGCUCAGGUGCUUCUGGUUCCAGACAAUAGCUUCCCCUUGGGCUAUUACCUCAUCCCCUUCACAGGGAUUGUGGGACUGCUGGUUUUGGCCAUGGGAGCAGUAAUGAUAGUUCGUUGUAUCCAGCACCGAAAACGACUCCAGAGGAAUCGACUUACCAAAGAGCAACUCAAACAGAUUCCUACACAUGACUAUCAGAAGGGAGACCAGUAUGAUGUCUGUGCCAUUUGCCUGGAUGAAUAUGAAGAUGGAGACAAGCUGCGGGUACUCCCCUGCACUCAUGCCUAUCACUGCCGCUGUGUGGACCCCUGGCUCACUCAGACCCGGAAGACCUGCCCCAUCUGCAAGCAGCCUGUUCAUCGGAGUCCUGGCGACGAGGAACAGGAGGAAGAGAUGCAGGGCCAAGAGGAGGGUGAUGAAGGAGAACCACGGGACCACCCUGCCUCAGAACGGACCCCUCUCUUGGGCUCUAGCCCCUCUCUUCCCACGUCCUUUGGUUCCCUAGCCCCAGCCCCCCUUGUUUUUCCUGGGCCCUCAACAGAUCCUCCACCCUCUUCUCCUUCCUCCUCCUCUUCCUCACCUGCCCUUCUGGUCUGAUAGUCCCCUUCAGUGACUUACCUGCACAGGCCCUCUCCUCCCUCUUUCUGAGCUUAAGGAUGAGGGACAUUUCUGCCCCAAAUUUCUCCCUUAUCUAAGCCUCACCCUUUGGAUGGAAAUGGGUGGGGUGGAUUAGAGGAAAAGGACUGGGUCAUUACUUCUUGGGUUAAUAAAAUUGUUUUUGUGGAUUAA